CGGCUCAACUUGAAAAUUGUGCAGCUAAUUUUUUAUAGUUAUAAAUAAAUAAAAAUUCAAAUAUUUAGUUUUCAUAAACUUUACAUUCGUAUUCGCUUCUAUAUUUUGAUAAGAACAAAAUUAAAUACCUACUUUUGUCUUUGUUGUUAUUCUUUUUUUUUUUUUAACAAUUGCUCCAACCCACAUGAUUCAACCAUCAGAAUAAAAAAAAAAGAACAAAAAAUAGUUAUCUUAAUAAUAAUAGCUUCAAGCUAUUCCGAUUACUUGUGAAAUGAAAAUAUCAUAUUAAUCACUGUCCAAGUGUCCACCUCUUCACUUUACUCAAAAAAGUCUAAUAAACAUUUUUAUUAAAAUGGAAAAUUUAAGAAACAAAGCACGCAACAACAAUUCUGUGUUAUUUAAUAAUAAUAACAAGAAAAUUGUUUCCAUUGAUUUAAUGGAUGGAUUGAAUCGACUGCGGGAACAAGGAACGUUCUGUGAUAUUAAGUUGAAAGCCGGCGAAGAAGUUAUUUUGGCCCACAAAAGUGUACUCUGCGCAUGCAGUCCAUACUUCAAUGUCUUAUUCUCAGGUUCAUUCAAGGAGUCUGGUCAAACAGAAUUUGUUGUGAAAGACGUUCCACCUGAUUGUUUGAAAAUUUUAAUUGAUUACCUUUACACCGGUUUAUUAAAAUUCGAUUCAAGUAAUGUUGAGAGGGUUAUUUUGGCAGCAUCCUACUUGCAAAUAAUCAGUGCUGAAGAAGUUUGCUCUUCGUUUUUGGCAAAUAAUUUAGUUUUGAGCAAUUGUAUUUCAUACAUUAUAUUUGCCGGAAAACAUUCCAUUAGGACUUUGCGUCUGAAAGCAUUAGAAGUGGCUGUUGCAAACUUUCAUAACAUUUACUCAAAUGAUGAAUAUCUAGAAAUUGAUUUCGAUGAGUUCAGACUUUUUGUUCAGAAACUAAAGCUAAGUGGAUGUGUGGAGGAUCUAAUUUACUUAUUCGUAAUGCGUUGGAUCCAUCAUUUAUAUGACAUCCGGAUUGAAUUUCUCCAAGACCUACUGAAAUAUCUCCAGCCUCUUGUUAUAUCCCGCGAAAUAUUACUAUCCAAUAGAAUCUCUUCACGUCCUAUUCACUAUUUAGACCAUUGGGCGGCGCCUGCCACAUCUGUUAAUUUAAAUGAAUCACAAAUACAGAUAUUACUUACACGAAGAAUUACCGACUUUACACCUAGAACGAUUAAAUUCUUUACCCAAAAUGAUCAAUAUGAAAUACAAUCAUUGCCAGAAAAGAUUUUCGAAGGAAGCUACGUAUGCUUUGGUUAUAAUAUUUUCCAUCUGGGUGGAUGGAAAAACAAAAAACUUAUCACUGACGAAACAUUCACGAUACAGCAAAAAACUCAUUAUUGGAAUCCAUUUGUUCCACUGCUCAAGGGAAGAGCUUAUCAUCGAAGUGGUGUUUUGGAUGGUACAAUUUACACUAUUGGUGGUUCAGAUGGCCUGAAAGCAUUACCACAAGUAGAGUUUUUAGAUUUGCACACAGGACGUCGUGGUUGGUGUGAAGAUUUGCCUCGACCUAAGGAACAAAUGGGACUAGCGUUUCAUGAAAAUUCAAUUUAUACAAUUGGCGGCAAAAAUAGAGCUGUCAAUUUAAAAUGUAUCCAGCGAUUGGAUCCUCGUAUUGGUAAAUGGGAAGAAAUAGAAUCUAAUUCAUAUAGAGCAGGUGCAUCUUCUUGUGCUGUUGUCGAUGAUUACAUUUACACAACUCAUUCGGAUGCAUUGCAACGCUAUGACGUACGGACAAACCGUUGGACACUAAUUCGUACUCAGUACAAUAGAUAUCCUGACCAAGUGUUUACUGUUGACAAUAAACUUUACGGACUGUUUAAAGAUCAUAUAGGACUGUAUGUGCCUGAAUCAGGAAGAUGGUCAGUGUAUCGACAAUUAAACUAUCACCAUAAUUACCUUAAUGUUUCGACAAAUCUACGAUAUCCGCUUACAACCCGCAAUGAUUUUAAUAAUAUGAUGGAUGAAUUGGUCGCAGAUAUACAAAAUGAAGGAGGAAUAUUAGAAAAUGAUAAUAAUAAUGAUGAUGAUGAUGACGAUGAUGAUGAUGAGGAUGAAGACGAUGAUCACCAAUACGCUGAUCCAUUUUAGAUGCAACUAAGAAAAAAAAAAGUGAUGAAUAAUUUUAAGAAAUGUGUUAUAUAUUGUGUAUAUUUAUUCUAUUAAAAAUGUUUGUUUAAAUUUUGAUAUUUUUAUGCUUAAUUUAAAAAAAAAUGAACUACAAUAUUGUUUUAAA